AUAUCUUACAUCAAUCUCGCGUUAUCUGAGAAGGUAUUAAUUCUAACGCACAUCAAGAUCAAAAUGCCUCCCCGAAUACGACUCUGGCCACGCGUAAUCUGUCUGCGCACUACCCCCGCCAAACCUCCACCCACUCUUCACUGCAGCUACGCCUCCAUGGCCACCGUCAUAACCACUCCCGCACCCCCCCUAGGCCAGGCUAUCCGCUCAGCAUCCCCGGUUCUACGCUAUCCCCCAACCCAACCACCGUCCUACAAACCCCCCGAAGUCCGCAAAACCCAACUCCACCGCCAAUACCAAUCACUCCUCAAAUCCUCGCCUCUGAUCCUCUUGUUCCAACACAACAAUCUCCUCGCUGUAGAAUGGAUGAGUAUACGCCGAGAACUCGCAUCCGCACUAGCGAAGACAGAUGCUGAGCGUCAAGCCGCCGGAUCUGAAGAUAUCUUCGGCUCGCAAAUUAAAAUCCAGAUUAUCCAGACGGGGAUAUUCGCCAGCGCGUUGCGAGUCGUCGAGUUCUUCCCCCCUUCAGAGGAUCCGCUCAAUCAUGCCCAAAAUUCCAGUAAUCUGAAAUCGCAGUCGAGCUUGAAAAUCCCAAGCACGACCGCGAAGCCCGAAGACGCAAGAUUCACUCACGGCCUCUCUCGGCACGCACACGAAGUCGCGUCGAACAAAAAACUCAAACUCGAGCUCGAUCCUCUGCUCUCCGGACCCCUGGCUAUCAUCGCCUUUCCCACCGUCUCCCCACAACACCUCAAAACGGUGCUCUCGAUUCUCUCCCCAUCGCCUGAUUUCCCUGCGCCGAGGAGGAAAGCGAAUCCAGAUUACCACGAGCCUUCCGUCCAGUCUGGACUCCAGAAACUGAUGUUGUUGGGCGUGAGGGUAGAAGGCAAGGUUUUUGAUCAGGAGGGUGCGAAAUGGGUUGGAGGGAUUGAGGGUGGGAUUGAUGGGCUUAGGGCACAGUUGGUGGCUGUGUUGCAAGGGGUUGGGGCGGGUGUUACGAAUACCCUGGAGAGCGCGAGUAGGAAUUUGUAUUUUACAGUUGAGGGGCGGAGGAUGGAUAUGGAGCGGAAAGAGAAGGGAGAGGAAGAGGAAGAGAAGUAGUGGAUUGAAAGGGAGAAUAAGGAUUUUGUAAGUGUACUGUACAUGUAUCAAACAUUUCAGGAGUCAAUUCAGCAAGCCCCAGCCCUACAAUGAUCACUAAGAAGGUUGCUGGA